AUCAACAAAUAAUGCAUUGCAUUAUUGCUUGAAAGUCCGUUGAAUAUAGGAAAUGGAAAAUAAAUGUAAAAAACAGAUUUGCUAAAAGAAGUUUAGAAAGAGUGUUUUGCUUGCUGUUAAAUUAAGAAGGAUUUAAAUAAAUUUCCUGCUUCGAGAGUGUUAAGUGAGGUGUUGAGAAAGUGCCACAGGAUAUCGAUUUUUUUAUUUUUUUUAUAACCUUCAACCUUCAAAACAGGAAAAACACAAGUGUAAGAGCGAAGAGGAGGAAAGGAUAUUAGUGAAAACAAGGGGUUCACUAAGACGUGUCAUUGUGUGGGCUAUAUAGUAGGAAGUGGCAGUGCUACGGAUAUUUUUUUGCUUUUAUUCACAAGUUAUUUUUAAAUGGUGUUUUGCAAAUAAACAAAAAGAACACAACAAAUUGAAUUAUUUUAUGCUGUUUGCUUCAGUCAAGCAACAAAGUAAAGAAAGAAAAACAAAAUCAAAAGCAGCAAUCAUAGCAAAAACACAGGUGUAAAGGAAAGAAUAAGACAAAACAUACAUACACACAAUGCCAUCUUGUGGUGGACCAGUUUAUCAGCCCACAACCGUUUCAUAUGAGCCUCCUCGCUCCAACAGUGGCAAUGGCUCGGGCGGUGGCUUGGGAUUUUUGGGACCGGCUUCUUCAAUCGAUUCACCUUUGCGCAUAUUUCGCAAACCCAAGCCCCAGGUAGCCCUAUUACUAUUUGCCUUAAUUUCAUUAGCCGCUGGUGUUGCGAUGUUGGCCAGUGGUUGGAUUGACUGGAUAGAGGAUCAGGAAUUCGAAAGACAACUUAAAGAACAAACGCCUGCAGAGAAUACAAAGAGCAGCAGUGGAGAACAAGAAGAAGAAACGAGUGAAACACAAACAGAAGCGGUUUCUUGUGUGGAAAUUCCAUUGGGCAUAGUAUUGGGUGGAGUUUUUAUGACCUGUUUGGGUAUUGCUGCCAUGGGCGUUUACCUUAAAGUUGCUGAUUGGCGACGUAGCUGCGUAUGUCCUUGUCCAUUCUUUGAUAAGAAACAAUCGCUGGCCCGUCAAUUACAAUGCCAAAAUGUAGAAGGAGGCUGUGGUGGUCAAGGCAUAAUGGCCUUGAAUCCAUCAACAGAUCCCUUGGUGUCGCACACACAAUAUGCUCCAGUCUCGGAACUGCCAUCGUUGCGCGCGGAAGAUGAGGAAAGGCGUAACCUAAUGCCUGAUAAUAAAGAUUGUCUCAGCAGUGCUGAAGAAUCUGAUCGUAUGCUAGAACCGGAUCCAAGAAUUGUUCUACGUCCAAUGGGACGUGUGGAAGAUGCCUAAAAAGCAUAGAGAAAAAUCUUUAAAUAAAAAAAUAUGUAUUUAAAAAAACUCGAGAAGAAAAAGAAGUCAAAAAUGAGAGUAUAAAUAAAAUAUUUAUAUUAGUGGAGAGGAAUCCUCUUUAUCUCGUAUCUCUCUCAAAAAACAACAACAAUCAACACCAAUACAAAAUAUUAAGAGCAGCAGCAGCAGCAGCAACUACAGCAUGAAAUGUUAAUGUUGUAGACUUAUAAAUUAUUAAAAACAGAAAAAUAAUAAUAUGGUCAUUACAUUUAUUUUUAACUUCUUAUUGACAUUAAAAUUGUACAUUUAGUUUCAUGCAUUAUUUUACCAUAUGAAUUUUUUUUUUUAAAUUUCUAUUUAUUACAAUUAUUAUAACAAUUAACUAUCAUUAGAUGAAAAACAUAAAUUUAAACAAAAGAAUUGUUGUGUCGUUUCAAAAGAAAUGGAAUUCCAAACGAAUUUACUCACAAACAAUACAAAAAUCUAUUAGAGAAACAUAUUCACAAAAAAUAAGAACAACAACAAUAACAAAACAACACUUACACCAACACUUAUGUACCACGUGCAAAAAAAUUAUGGUAAAACAAAAACAAACACUUAAAAUUCAUAUAAAAUAUGAGACAUAAGCAAAAUUAAAAUUUUAUUUAUUAAAAAAAAAAUAAAUUGCCUAACAUGGCGGAAAAAGAAUAAAUAACUCUAAAAUAUUAGGGGCCCUUGUGAUGAUUUUUUCACAUUUGAUCACAAUGGCUAUGGCAAUGAUCGUAAAGUCUCUGCUGGAAGUAACAGAGUGUUGCCUAUAUUUCCCAAUUAACUGACAGCUCUAUACUUGAAUGCGAUCAAAGAGAAUUUAAAUCGCCAUUCUCUUGAAAUGUGAAAAAAACAUUCAUAACGGUCUUUCUUUCUCUCACUGUUAUCAAGUACUAGUUACACAUCACAAACACUUACACACUUAAACAACAAUCACACACAUGUUUUGAAAUCUCAAUAUCGUUAUCGAUUUCCACAAUUAUUUGUAUCUGAUUUAUAUUUUGGACUAAGCUUUUAGAGAUUUUAAAAUUUCCAUUUUUCCAAAUACCUAUAACGUAUGUAUGUAUUACAUGUACAAAAGUAUGCUACACUGCUAUGCCUGGCGGCAAAUGUAAAAUUUAAAUAUGUAUUUUCUAAGCUUUAGGCUUUUUUUCUACUUAAAUUCUUUGUAAUGAGAAAUCAGGUGUUUCGUGCUCUUUGUACCCACAAAUAGUACAGAGCACAUACACAGUUACAGUUGAGCUUUUCAUUGCAAAUGAAUUGUAUUGCUUUCGAUAUUGAACUUUUUGGUUUUUAGUUUUUUUUUUUAUUAUAAAUGUAUUUAUUUAAUAAAUUUUAUUUAUUUAUUAGAAUUCAUACAUUAAAACAGUGUAUGUGUUUUAUUUAUUCUAAGUUAGCUGUACUAUAGUAAGAGCCUGAGACUUUUUUAUUUUAUAUUAGAACGCUAGUAGGGGAAGUCAAAUUUACAUAAAAAAAAAUUAUGGAUGAAAAUCAACUUUUGCAAUAAGCUUAGUGAAUAAUUUAUUAAUUUGUAAUUUAUUUCGAAUAAAAAAUAAUAAUAAAACACACAUACCAAUAAA